UCAAUUUGCCGAUAUUCGCGUAUCGAAAGUUGACCGUUUGACAUCGUCGGGAUCGUGGGAAGUUUUCUUGUGGUUGAGCUUUGAAGGAUUUGGGAGAACUUCCAAAGAUGUGACUGAUUAAAAGUGGUUAACUCCGGUUCAAAUUGGUGAAAAGUACUUCCGGAGUUGUCCUGUGCUGUAACUUGAAGGAAGAUUAACUUAAAAGAAUGGGAAAACUCCAUUUUCGUCUGUUUAAUUUAAUUAGUCUUUGAGGUUAUAGGUUUUCAAGUACAUGAAAAAAGUAAUUCAGCUGAUCAAUCCGGUGAACAAAAAUUGAGUGGAAGUUGGGAGUUUUAAAGGAAUACAAAAACCUCCAACAAAUCUGAAAAAGAUAAACCCAGGUUUGCGUUCCAGAUCGAUCCAAAGAACAACCUUGGUCGUGUACCUCUCAAAGUGUCAAACUAAGUGCCUUCUAAUUACAUGAAAUGUGAACUACUGGAUCAAUAGCCCGUAGUUGGCAAAGUGAAAAUCUAAGUGAAAAAAGCAAAAGUGUCCUGAGAACUAAGCCCUAGAAGCAAAAUGAAGAAACCCUCCGAAUCCCGGGAGAAUCUGGUGAACUCGAAUGCCUCGCUGGCAACGAGCGCCGGAGGUCAGCAAUCGGAUGGUCGAAACAACUCGAACGCCAUGGCCAACAUCGAGGUGGAGGCGGAUGGGAAAUCGAUCAGGAGUGCCGUUUCGGAGUUCGAUCGGGAAGCGCCGGAUAUCAUACUGACCCGAACCGAGAAGCAAUUUCUGCUGAGUGCCGAGCGAGGUGAUUGCGCAACGGUUCGAAGAAUCAUCCAAGAAAACAAAGCCACUCCGGAAGAAUUCGACAUCAACUGCGUGGAUCCGUUGAACCGGUCAGCCCUGAUAGCAGCAAUCGAAAACGAAAACAUUGAACUCAUCCGGCUGCUACUGGGCGAGGGAAUCAAAGUCAAGGAUGCACUCCUGCACGCCAUCAAGGAAGAAUACGUGGAAGCAGUCGAAACUUUACUCCUCUGGGAGGAGGAAAACCACGUUCCUGGUGAUCCUUAUAGUUGGGAAGCGGUUGAUCGAUCGUCCUCAUCCUUUACUGCCGAUAUUACCCCACUCAUCCUGGCCGCUCAUAAAAAUAAUUAUGAAAUUCUCAAAAUUUUGCUCGAUCGAGGGGCUACCCUGCCCAUGCCACAUGAUGUUCGCUGCGGAUGUGACGAGUGUGUCACGUCGAGUGACCAUGAUUCCCUGCGCCAUUCACAGUCCCGCAUCAAUGCGUACCGGGCCCUCUCGUCCAGUUCGUUGAUAGCGCUCAGCUCAAAGGAUCCCAUCUCGACGGCGUUUCACCUCAGCUGGGAGCUGCGGCGUCUCAGCCGGAUGGAGUCGGAAUUUCGGGCAGAAUACACGGCGAUGCGACUCAAUUCGCAGGAACUGGGCACGGCUCUGCUAGAUCAUGCCCGGACAUCGAACGAGCUGGAAAUCAUGCUGAACUACAAUCCGGGGGCGACCGAUAACUGGGAACCGGGCGAGCGACAGACGCUGGAACGACUCAAGCUGGCCAUCAAGUUUAAGCAGAAAUUGUUCGUGGCCCAUCCAAACGUGCAGCAGCUGCUGGCAGCGAUCUGGUACGAAGGACUUCCGGGUUUCCGGCGGAAAUCCCCUGUGGGCCAGAUCAUGCAGGUCGCAAAAUUGGGGGCAAUGUUUCCCAUCUACAGCAUGAUCUACAUGAUCGCACCGAACUCGGAAAUGGGCCAAUUCAUGAAGAAACCGUUCGUCAAAUUUAUCGUCCAUUCGGCCAGUUAUGCGUUCUUUUUGAUGCUUUUGGGUGGAGCUUCUCAAAGGGUGGAAUACGUCGCGAUUGAAUGGUUUGGACCGGAUUGGAUGCAGGAAAUUCUAGCGGAAUGGAAACGAAAAGAGCGUGGAUCACUGCCGGGAAUGUUUGAGUGUUUGGUGAUACUGUACAUCAUAAGUUUGAUAUGGCACGAAAUCAAAUCGCUCUGGAAUGACGGUCUUAUGGAAUACGUAACGGAUCUCUGGAACAUUGUGGACUUCAUCUCUAACUCGUUCUACAUAGCGUGGAUCAGUUUGAGGUUUACCUCCUGGUUUACUGUUUGGCGCGACGCCAGAGCUGGACUCAAUCCCUGGUAUCCCAGGGAGCAGUGGGACCCAUUUGAUCCGAUGCUACUCUCUGAAGGUGCCUUUGCAGCCGGAAUGAUCUUCUCUUUCCUAAAACUAGUUCACAUAUUCUCGAUAAAUCCUCACUUGGGACCACUUCAAGUUUCAUUGGGCCGUAUGAUCAUCGACAUCAUCAAGUUUUUCUUCAUCUACACCUUGGUUCUGUUCGCAUUCGGAUGUGGUCUCAAUCAAUUGCUUUGGUACUACGCAGUCCUGGAGAAAAAUAAGUGCUAUCAUCUGCCGUCGGGAUUGCCGGAUUUUGAGAAUCAUGAAAAAGCUUGUGCCAUCUGGCGACGGUUUGCCAACUUGUUUGAAACUUCGCAAUCCCUUUUUUGGGCAUCGUUCGGGUUGGUGGAUUUGAUGGCGUUCGAGCUGGCUGGCAUCAAGAGUUUUACCCGGUUUUGGGCCCUGCUGAUGUUUGGAUCAUACAGUGUCAUCAACAUUAUCGUGCUGCUGAACAUGUUGAUCGCUAUGAUGAGCAACAGUUAUCAGAUUAUUUCGGAACGUUCCGACAGUGAGUGGAAAUUCGCCCGAUCCCGACUCUGGAUGAGUUAUUUCGAAGAUGGUGACACCCUGCCGCCACCCUUCAAUCUGGUCCCAUCGGUCAAAAACUUCUACAAACUGUGCGGCCUAUGCAAAUGUGACAAAGAUAAACGGUCAACAACGAGCUUCAUCAAACGGAACCGGGAUAAAGCCCAAAGGCGGCAUGAGAAUGUGAUGAAACUGCUGGUCCGUCGUUAUGUCACUGCGGAGCAAAGAAAGCGAGACGAUUUCGGUAUCACCGAGGACGAUGUGAUGGAGAUCCGACAGGACAUCAGCACCCUGCGCUACGAGCUGAUCGAUAUCCUGCACCAGAACGGGAUGCAAACACCCCGCCUCAAUCCGAACGACGCUUCAAUCGCUGGCAAAAAGGGUCGCGUCAUGGAGCGGCGCAUCCUGAAGGACUUCCAGAUCGGUUUUGUCGAGGGACUGCUUAAUGAAACGUUCCAAAAUGCAGCGGAUCGAGCCGUAACGCCGGAUGUUUUCAGUACCAUUGCCAAAGCCAUCGGAGCCAAAACCGGAAGCAAAAAGAAGAAGCCUGAGGAUUGGAACGCUCUGGUUCGCAAGAGUACGGUGGCUCGUGAUCCGAUUGGUAACUCAACGGAGGCCAUCAUGCGUCGUAGCCGGCAGAGUUUGAGGAAACAGAUCAUCGACUCUGCUAAUCAGGGUCUGGAGAUGAACACCGACAAUCUGGUUGAGUUUAAUCCGAAGCUUUCGGAGGUAACGCCGGUUACUCGAGUGGCCUACGUCAAGUUUAUGACCACCAAGUUGAAAAAAGACCUGAAGGAGACGAGUCCAGUUGAUGAGGCUGGGUUCGAGACCGAGCGGAGAACCUCGGUUAAGAGGGGUUCCAUAAAGAAACUGGUGGAGAAGAUUGAAAGUAUCGACGCUUCGCCUGCAACGAAAGAUCCCUCCCCGGAACCAUUGAAAAAGGAAACCGAAAUCCCUCUGAAGGAGGCCCCACCUUCCCCAACGGCAGCGACCACCGUCGAUCAACCGGAAGUGGUGGUAGCCAGCACAGCCUUCAAGGAAGAAGUUGGAGGAGGAGGAGGUGGAGUCGACAUGACCAAGGUGCGAGUCCGCUCUCCGAUCAUCGAAGAUCCCAACGAGGAAUUCGGAAGCGAAGAUGGUGAUCGAUGCCUUUCUCCGAAACGAGUUGAUAGCAUCCCGGAACGUCCCCAGUCUCCGAUCCCUUCUAGUAGUCCACCGCUGGAACAGAGAACGGACUCCGGAAAACCGAGCUCGACUGACGUCAGCAAAGCAGGUUCGAUUAAAACCGUCAAGGGAAAGUCGCCUUCUCCACCCCCUAAAUCAGAGGUGAAAUCCCUGGAAAGUCUCCCCAAAGAUACGUUGUCCCCGACCGGAUCGGCCAAGUCUCCGACUCCGAAAAGAUCUCCGUCUCCAACCCCAAGUCGCCGAGACACUCCACCCCCAUCUCCAGCCUUCUCGGACAAGGGCAAAUCGAAAGUCACAGGGAAAACAUUGACCGGCUGGAUGUAAAACCCUCCAAGACUCAAACCGGAAAGAGGCUAAUUUAACAAAAGGAAAAUUCGCACCCACAAUAAUCGCGCGCUGUUGGAAAUUAAAUUAGCCAUUUUCCACAAAAGUGAAAAAUUAACAAAAAAAAAAAAAACAAAAGUAAACAUAAAAUGGAAUGUCGAAAUUUAUCUCUCACCCCCUGCAGGCCGUUUUGCGGUCGAUCUCGAGUGCUGGGUCCAAAUCAAUCCCGGUGUUGUUUGUGCAAUUUAGGUGUUUAUUAUUUUCUCAUUUAGCAUUUAGCCAAAAAAGAAACGAAUAAAAAGCAACAGUUGUUGGGAACAUGAGUACCAGUGCAAA